GAGGGAGUUAUACCUCUUAGUCGCGACUCCUCGCGCCCGAUUCCCCCACUGUUCCUCGGGAGCGUACCCGUCGAGGUCUCCUCGCUCUGCUCCCGGACGAUCCGGAAAUCUUCGUCACCCUAAAGGGGAAUCGGGACAAGACUCGCAGGCGACCGUCGCGGUGACAGUCCGGAGUCACUCUCCUAGCCGAUACGCUCCACUCGCGGAGCGCUCCCCCUCUCAUGCAAUCGCUUUUGCUGACGCACUCACGCGCCAGAGCCUCGGAUCCUUACCCACAGUUCGAACGUUGGCUGUAGCGACGAUCCCUGGCUUCACCCUGUCCAACCUCGAACUAUGCUCAGCUUUGACAAGGACCCUCCGACCGGGAGAUUCCAGGUGAUGAAGGAGUCCGUGAGUUGAUUCGCGGGUUCGGUGAAUAGCCGGAGCUGAUCGACGGUAAGAGGAACAACAUGAUGCCGGACUGGGUCCAGCAUCACGGAGGCAUCUGGGGCUUGUUCAGCCGGAGAAUCCGUGCAGAGGUCUGGCACCUUGUCUUCGUCUUGUUGAUCAUGCCCUUGCAAGUGUUCGUUUCUUACGAGAUUGCGCGAGCCAUGGAUCCGAGCUCGAGUCCCGAAGACCGCUUCCCCGGUCGCAUAUUCUCCGACCAUUGCUCUACCUUGAUCUCACUCGAGUUGUGGCGUCGGCUGUAUCUGCAACGCAUCAAGUUGGGACUGAUCGACGGAUCUCCCGGGGCCCUCUAUCCGGAAACGUUCGAUCCAAUGGGAGAGUGUCCCGCAGCAGAAGUAAUGAAACUGCGCUACCCAGAGGGCCAUUACGGGCAGUCUCACAAACCUCGCAAUAACAGCGUGGUCCUCGAAUUUCGCAGGAACGGAGUGAAAUUCCGGGUGGGGAACAUGGUGCAGCAUCAAAUCCAAGGUUAUAGGGGGGUCAUCGUCGGAUGGGAUCUGACGGCCAAGGCACCCGAGCACUGGUUCAAAGCUUUAUACGAUUCAGAUGAAGUGGUGGCGGACCACAUCAGAGCCGAGCCGCACUACGCCGUGCUUGUCGACAUCAGGGAUCUUCCGGAGCCACAAAUGAUAUAUGUUCCGCAAUAUCUUCUCAUUCGGCAUCAUGUUCGCCUGUCGCUGGAUAACGCGGCCUUUCACCAAAUAGUACAUCCCGCCACAAUCAGCUACUUCAGUGAAUUCAAUGGCCGCAAUUACGUUCCGCAACCCUGGCUCCGAGCUCUCUACCCCAAAGACUGACCGAGACUCGCAGACACUCGUCGUCCAAAUCGAGCACGCUUUGUCACUUGUCCUAGGAGUAUUCCGCAGAUAUCUUGCGGAGGCUGCGUCUGGUCAGAUUCCUACUGGUCGUCUCGGCGGAGAUAUCGGACCGUAGUCAGAAUCGGAGACUAUUUUCAUGUUUCGUAGACGCCGUCACUUGCGCGGAUCUGGACCAUAUUUCGCCGUUCGGAGAUGGACCGAGUGAGGACCCGGAGCUGGGGUUUGAAAAUUUCGUUGCGGAAACUGUCCCCAACUGACGGCGCGACAUCUGCCCUACGCUCGGACAGCAUGCACUUGGAGAG